GGUUCUCUGGUGGGAAACGCAAUCGACUCUAUUGUGUUUUUAUCCAUUUCUACUGUUUCUGUAUCAACAGAACAACAUUAAUUACGCGGUGAUGAUGGCGGCAGUGACGCUAGUGUGUCUUUAAACUUGUGUUUUCCCACCGGCUGCAGAAACCCGACAUAUGUUUACAGGAAGCCGGUCGUGUCUGUGCAGGUCUGAGCUGAUAAAGCCAGACUGAGGAUUAUGGUAAUAACAGGCUGCCACCGACUGACUGACUAUAGAACGGGUGGGCGGGCUGCAGACUCUUAUCAGCGUGUUGCAGUGGGCGAUUCUUCACGUGGUCACGUGACGGGCGACACCUCGGCUCACAAUGCAGCCCCAUAAAGAGAAACUGCUCCACGGUUUUAUCUCCAAACCAGAGAAAAUGACUCAACGCCGCAGCGUGAUUGUUUUAAAAAUGUGGCAUGUUCAAAAGCGAGGACUCAGACAUCACAUGUGAUCGCUGAUAAUCAGUAAUUACAUUUUCCUCCGUGGUUAUUGUCAGCUUCAGAGGGGGUGCUGUGUUUUUUCAAAAGCCUGCGAAAGUCCCAAAAAAAACCAAACUGAGACAAAAAUGUAAAGAAAAGAAAGUGAAACAAACAUUUUGAGGUAAAAAUCAGAUUUCGUGCAGUCAGAGGAGAAUAUUUCAGCGGCGUUGUGGAGCUGACGCACCCCGCCAUCAACUCAUCAGAUAAGAACGCCGCUCUGCAGCUCCUUCGGCCGAGCCAGUGACCUUCAGGUGAUGGAGGCGGAAACACAUUUCCUGGAGCAGACUUUUUUCAGAAGGACAGUUUCUUCUGUUCACAGUGAGAUUGCGGAGAGGACGCCUUGUGUUUCCUUUCAGGACGCAGAAUGGGAUGAAACUGUAUGUACAGUUGCCAAGGAGACAGCAGGCAGAGGGGUAGUUAGAGGCUGUUCACCAACACGCCCUCUGUUUUCAUUCACGCCGCUUCCCUGCUUCAUCUCCAGCAGUCACUUGAGGAGACGCUGGCAGAGCCCGGCACAGGUGAACUUUUCAGAGGAGUACUCCUGUUCGUGGUCCGGUGCUUACUCCAUCCAGGAGACAACUUCACUCCAGCAGAGUUCCGAGUUUCUGCUCUGUGUCUUUGCAGAGGGAGCGCUGCUGCAGCUUUAAAGGGAUAUAAUUGAGUGUCAGUGAUCACCACAUCAGCUAAUGCAGGCAAUCAUCGAGCUCGACCCCCAAACAGAGACACAGAUUCCCAUCAGCAGCCUCAGCUGUGUGCCCGUCACGCUCCCACGCUCACUUCAAUUCUCAUUUCUCUUCUGGUUGCAGCUCGCUGGAGCCUGAGCUGAGGAAUUAUCUGCUGUCAGGACCUGCCCGGGACAGAAGUAGGGGGGGUGAACCAUGCUGUCCGCCGCUAUUCAGAUCCUGGCGUUCGCCCUGGCACUCCUGGGCGUCCUCGGUGCUGUCGUGGCCACCCUGAUGCCCAACUGGAAGGUGAGCAUCAACGUGUGGACCAGCAUCAUGACCCCGAUAUCGCAGAUGCAGGGUCUGUGGAUGGAUUGCGUGUGGUACAGCUCCGGCGUCUUCAGCUGUACCGUAAAGAACUCGGUGCUGUCGCUGCCGCCGCACCUGCAGGCCGCGCGGACUGGCAUGGUCCUGUCCUGCGUAGUGGCGCUGUUCGGACUCUGUCUCGCCACUUUGGGGCUCAAAUGUACUCGCUGGGGGGGCAGCCACAGAGCAAAGGGGCACACAGCCAUCGCUGCGGGGGGCUGCUUCAUCCUGGCCAGCCUCCUCUGCCUCGUACCCGCGUCCUGGUUCACCAACGAAGUCAUCACUGCCUUCCUGACCACAGACCUACCGGACAGCAGUAAAUAUCAGCCCGGCGGAGCUCUGUGCGUCACGUUCAUCUCUGCUGGAUUCCUCCUGGCCGGGGGGGUCAUUUUUUGUUUGUCGUGUCCCGGAAAGAGAACGAGGCGACCGGAUUGCGCUUCCCCCGCCGACCCCGACAGAUUCACGCUGCACCCAGAUGAGCGGAGGAGGCGGGGGCUGCAAGUAGAACGCAAUCAGCCGAAAAACAGAAAGAAGACGGUCCAGCUGCAGGUAGACAGCGUGAAGCUGGAGAAACCCACGCCGCGCAAGAGACAGGAGCAUCACUCGUCUCCAUCCAAACUCCCUCAAACAGACAUCAAGGACAGCUACAGCCUGCAGGAGUACGUCUGAAGCUCACGGCUAUACUGAAACGUGGAGCUGAAGCUGAGGCGCUCUGGCUCGUUUGGAGGGGGAGGUGUGUGUACAUGGGAAAAUUACCAAAUGUUGGAAAUUACAGAUUGUGGGUUGAGUCGAAAGUCUCAGCAGCAGAGAGAAAAAAUCUGCAGACUGUAAAUCCUUUAAAAACUGCCUGCCACAGCUUUCUGAUACCAAAGGCCUAAAG